UGCCAGUCGCCUAGCAGCGCCCAAGUGCCGAUGUCAGCAGCGCCAGACAUGUCCAAAGAGGCAAGCGCUGCGUUCAAGCACAAGGAGCGCAAGCCCAAGAAGCCCCACUACAUCCCGCGGCCAUGGGGCAAACCCUACAACUACAAGUGCUUCCAGUGCCCCUUCACCUGCAUGGAGAAGUCCCACCUGUACAACCACAUGAAGUACAGCCUGUGCAAGAACUCGCUGUCCCUCCUCAUCGAGUCCGACUGGCCCUACAAGAAGGGCAACCUCCUGGCCCUCCAGUCGGGGUCCCGGCUGCCAACUGAGGCAGACCACGUGGCCAGGAACGAGGAGCCCAAAGCGAGCGCAGAGGUCGAGCGGGACACGCGCGAAAACGAGGUGACCAAAGGAGAAGAACCCCAGGGCGAACGUCAGGGGGCACCUCAGAGCGGCCAGAAGGCCACCGAGCUGGUCAUCGCCGAUGUCUACUCGCUCGAGGACCCCGUCCUCAGCGCCAGGGCCGUGGAGGCCAAGCUGCGGCACUACAAGCUGCCCCAAAGCUGCGUCAACGGCCCCAGCGUGCUGUCCGAGCAGUGGCGCCUCAUCGCCACCGGGCAGAGGAAAGGCAACCCGGAGCCCGCCCUGGACGCAGUCUCCAUGCCCUGCUACCCGCCGCCCCCGGCUUACACGGACUGCCAAGACCCCCCGGGGCUGAACGUGUCGGUGCUGGGUGUCAGUUACCCCCUGAGCCCCGGUUUGUUCUCCUACGUCAACCCGCCGGUGACGAGCGCCCAGCUGCCUUUCCUGGCUUCGGCGGCUCAGCUCCUCCAUCCCAGCGCGGGCACCAUUCAGCACACCGACCGCGCCGUCCUGCCGCCCCACUUUUACUACCCUCUGCUGUGCGAACACGCGCUCUCCUCAAUCCAAGAGCCUGGCAAGGAGUCCAAAGGGGCUCAGCCCCUCCAGGCCACUCUGGAGCCAAAAAUCAGCCUAUGGAAAGUCCCGGCUCUCAAGGCCAGCCCCCCUGUGCCAGCGGUGCCCCCUGCUGCGUGGCCCAGUCGCCAGCAGCUCCCGGCCGCCUUGGAGAGCAGCUAUAAAGCAGCAGCCGCCGACGAGAAGCAUCCAAGUGCCAGCAAGGAGGACAGAGCGGUCAGCUGGAGCCACCAAGCCGUGACGGCCACCGUCGAUCUGGGAAGCAAGAGGACGGCCACACCUGCUGACCACCUGACGGCGCCUCCCGAGAAGAAACCUGCCCAGAGGAGUGCCAGCCUGAGCGCAGCCUCAGAGAAGCCGCCGCUCCACAGCAGCAGCUUCCGGCCCCCCAUCCACCAAUUAAAGUCCUCUGAGGAUGGCCCACCGGGCUUGUGGAGACACCCCUUGGAGGUCUAUGAGAAGAUGACUGCCCCCUCAGCCCCUGAAUCAGCUCAGCGCCCAGGUCAAGAUGGGGCGGCGGGCGACUCUAGGGUCCUCUUGGGAGAUCUCUCCAGGGCCCUGCAGGAAUAUCGGGAGGCAGACAAGAAGAUCGCCAGCCUGGUUUUGGACGACAUCCCCGGGCAGCGCUACCUGAGGGCACACCUGUGCAAGAUCCGCAGCGAGCUGUCGCACAUCCACCAGGCGCUGGACGAGACGGCAAAGCAGCACGAGGGGCCAUUGGACCUCUCCGUUAAGAGACGGGCAGAGAAAGGCGCCAAACAGCAGGGCGCCAAGCAGCAGAGCGCAGCACGUGACGAAGAUGAGGAGGCCGAAGUCGACGAGGAGCACGAAGACACAGGAGACGCCUUCGAGCAGUUUGUGGCUGGCAUACGACCCGCGGAUCGCCCGGGUGUGCCACGUGCCACCCUAGGAGCCCUGGUCAAGACGGAAGUGGUGUCUCCUGGCAGCCUAGGAGUGCGGCCCCCCCCUGGUGAGGCCCCCGUGUGGCCCAGUCGGACGACUAAAUGCGAGGCGGACUCCAGCGUGCUGCUCUGCCCCGAUGGCCGCUCCUCCUCCUCCUCCUCCGUGGUGUUCGCUGAUUUCAGCGGCCUCAGGCGGACAGCCAUUCGAGACCUGCCUGGGGACGCUGCUGGCCCCCCUAGCCCCCUCAGCACUGACUGAAUUGUAGUCUUUGG